GAGAGAGAGAGAGAGAGAGAGAAAGAGAGGGAGGGUGAGGAGACUGGGCAGGCUUGGAUGUAAUCAUCGGCCGUUAUUUUGGAUCGACAGGCCCGAUCCGUCCAGGAAGCUGCGUAGUGUUUCGGGACCAGGAAAGGGAUCAGGCCGGAUUGGUAUUUUGAUUCUAUUCGGAGCGGUAGGAGUACACAUUGAUCCCUAACGCACUGACAACUUGACUCAGAUCUGGGUCACGCCUUCAGUGUCAUCAUGGGCUCCUCCACCACAUCUGCCGCUCUGUUGUGUCUUCUGGCUGGGGUCGUGGCAGCCAUUCAGACCCCCCAGUCAGUGUUCUUGGAUAAGCAGCAGGCGAGCACGGUGAUCUCCCGUCAGAAGAGGAAUGUCGACGGCAGUAACCCUCUCCGGGCCUCCACCCUGGAGCAGGCUUGCAUGGAGAAGGUGUGCACCUACGAGGAGGCCAGAAAGUUCUUCCAGGACUCGUACCGCACGGAUAUCUUCUGGUCUGUCUACAUUGACGGAGACCAGUGUGUGGGGAACCCCUGCAAGAAUGGAGCCCUGUGCUCAGACAGCGUGGGAGGCUACGACUGCGUCUGCAAGUCAGGUUUCACAGGGGUCCACUGUGAGAAAGACCAGACCCUGUGCGUCUUCGAAAAGGACAAAGGCUGCUCCCAGUUCUGUAAACCAGGCUACACGUCCUACCAGUGUUCUUGCGCCCGUGGAUGGAAGCUCAGUCGGACAGAUAAGGAUAAGUGCGAGCCUGCAGUUCCAUUCCCCUGCGGCAAGGUGAGCAGUCUGAGUCGGUGGAAUGACAGACUGCUCAGCAACAGCCGCAGCAACUUUGAGGGUCUUGCCUGCACUUCUACAGAGUGUCCCUGGCAGGCUCUCCUGAAAACUUCAGUAUCAGCGGGUUUCUGCAGCGGAGUGAUUCUGAAGGAGAAUCUGGUCUUGACUUCAGCUCAGUGCGCCAACAAACACGACAACUUCCAAGUGGUCGUUGGCAAGCGCAACAUCAACAAUGAUGAUGGACAGCAGACGCUCUACGUAAAAUUAGUUCAUGUCCACCCACGCUACGUGGAGGGUCGUCCUGAAAAUGACCUGGCUCUGAUUGAGCUCCGCGACCGCAUCACCUUUAAGAGAGAGGUGACUGCUGCCUGUCUGCCAGAGAGAGACUUUGCCGAGAGCAUCUUGAUGACAGGAGAGCUCCCUGCCAUCAUCACUGGCUGGAAAGAACCCACAGGUACAUCUGCUCUCCAGGGUCAGCUCACCCUUAACCAGCUGGCGUACAAAGGGUUGCCUCAGUGCCUGGAGACUCACCCCAACCUGCUGACCAAUAAAAUGGGCUGCACCGCUCCUCGCACCAAUGCCGAUUGCAGCAUGGGCUCCGGCAGCCCCUUGCUUACCCUGCACAGGGAGGUGUUCUUCCUCACAGGGGUGGUGAGCCAGCCGGCAGGGGCCGAUUGUGGCAACGGCUACAUCUUCCAGAAAGUGUCACGCUACCUCGGUUGGCUACAGCCGCUCAUGGGCUCUCGUUAGAUGGAGUAGUUAGGGAGUACAUGAAGGUUACAGAUUUAAGAUAAUGCAGGUGAGUCUAUACAUAAUAAUAAAAACAGGGAAUCAGCUGAACAUUUCCAUGUGCGCACUUCUAGCUCAUUGUUUCAUUCAUCUUGCCUUUCUGUCUUUUAAUAAUACCCAUCUCCUGAUGGAAAAACUACCAUAACAACACACUGUAUAGUCUCAGCUGCUAUCUCUGUCUGUGCACUUCCCCAUUUAUCCACAAGAUGGCUCUCUGUUAACAUAAACAGAGAAGCACUUACUGUAUGCUAUAUGUGUCUACCAUCCAUAGGGCCAAACAUAGCAGGAAGAGAUUAAAUUAAUUAUUCAGCAUGUGUUUUGUGAUGUGGACAUAACUUUUAAUAACCUUUAAGUGAUGUUAUUUUUAGCGACUACUGUACUGGUUGACAUGCACCUUGUAACAUUUCUGGUAAUCACUGUUCUAUGAAUGUAAUAAACCCCACCACACCUGA